CAAAAGACACCCUACACAACACAGUCUGUAUGAAAGCUACUGACAGAGCUGAUAAUAUAGUGGAACACAUAGCUGUCACACAUCUUUAGAAAAAAGUUAGGAAAAGAACAACAUGUAUAUGCUUUUCAAUGCUCAACAGCAGUACAGGAUAUAGAAAGAAAACAGCAAAUUCUGUCACGCUUGCAACCAGUCACAAGACUCAAGAAAAUAUGUAACAUGGACAAGCGAAGGAUUAAUGUCACAAGUAAUACAGAUUUUAUUUUACUGUUGAACAAACACCACAGAUGAAGAGCAUGUUUGCAACUGUAAAGACCGCCUGGCAGCAGUGCACCAUGUGGUAUAGCCUGUUGGCUUUGCUUUGGAUUAUGUAUUUUUCUGUCUUGGUUAGAGUCCACUACUUUCUCAUUGACAAGGUAGGAAAGGAAACAUCCAUAGGUUCCAGACCAAGUGCUCCUAAAAAGGAACAUGACAGAUAUCCUUUUCCUUCGAAACCACGCCAUACAGACGGCAGAAGGCUUGGUGACGCAAGUUACCACAGGAAAGUGGAUCACCACAAUCGGGAAGGAAAGUGGUAAACGCAUUCAGAAAACAACAGAGAAUUUUUUCUCUUAUUUAAUUAGACCAGAUGGAGAGAUUUGUUUGCCUAGUAAAACAGCCCCCUCUGAUAUCCAUGUUUUAGUGAUGAUCUGUUCUGCUGCCAGAAACUUUGCAGCCAGGGAUGCCAUCCGUAAAACAUGGCUGUCUGAACAUGCUUUGAGACCAAACCAUACAAGUAUUCAUAAAGUAUUCAUUAUUGGAAAUGCCUACAAUAAGUCUCUACAUGGACUGUUGCAGAUAGAGAGCACAAAGCAUAGGGAUAUUGUGCAGGGAAAUUUUCUAGAUACAUACAACAAUUUAACCCUUAAAUCCAUAUUUGCCUUGCAGUGGGCUUCACAAUAUUGCAACCAGGCUGACUUCAUUAUUAAAGGAGAUGACGAUGCGUACAUCAACAUCAAUAACUUGGUCAGAUAUGCUGUAGAUAAACAUCUGAAGAACACUUUUCUGGGAUAUUGUUUAACAGGAAUAAGACCUGAACGUAAUCCAGUUUCAAAAUGGUAUGUUCCUAGAAGUAUAUUUCCCGGAAAUUCAUAUCCUCCAUUUGUAGCAGGUUGGGCUUACGUGAUGCCUGGCCAUCUUCUCAUUCCUCUGUACAACGCCACUCGAACAUUGCCAUUUCUGCAUUUGGAGGACAUCUUUAUCACAGGGUUAUGUGGGGGAAAGCUGGGUGCAAGGCACAGAGGGCACCCUGGUUUUCAGGCAAGACUGAACAUGUCUGAUACUCAUAUGCUAAAGUCAUUUUUUGCCGUUCAUUUUGUUACCGUAGAGGAUCACUAUAGAUUUUGGGAGGCAAUCAAGAAACUGGAGCCAACCAUUUAAACUUUGUUAAUGUGCCAGGGUUGUCUAACUUCGUAACUGUAGAUUUCCUUGAAUGCCAUGCAUUGCUAUGAUUUCUUCGAGAAGCAUCAAUAUAUUUUGAAGGUCAACCCAAACUAACUUUGGUUCUCAUGGCAACAUUGUCGUCAUUUACGGCGUGACAAGACGCUUCUCAAAAUAUCACAGCAAUUAUUGUCUCUCAUACCCACGUUGGGCGGUUAUGGGAGAUGAACAAUUGUAGAACCAGCUCUCAGAUGGCGUUUAUGUUGGCUCGAAGCGCUAUUAUCAAACGCUAAGAUAACAAUCGAGAGAGAAAAUUUCGGGAUAAUUGUUUUGAUGUGAUGCAGAUAUAGAAAUAAACUGCCGUUCAAAAAAACAAAUUGCAGGCAUUAAAUAAGAAGCUGACGAUCUGUUGGCAAUGACCGUCAAUAACAGUUCUUGUUUGAAUUUGUUCACGGUAAAGCAAGCGGAGACUAAGGUGUUCAGACUUGGUUAAUCAACU